AUGUCUGAGGACAUCGCUGCAAAUCUGCUCGCGCAAUAUUACGCAAUUUCUGAAGAAUCAAAAACUAAAAAAUUUCCCUCGAUCCUAGAAUGUAUGGGCAGCAUAGAGAAUAACUCGGAUAAAUUGAUCGGUGAACAAUCAACUGUGGACACAAACGGUGAUGACACAUCCAAAGAAACGGAAGUACAGGAAAAUGAUAUUGAAAAUAAAGAAGAGAAUUCUGAAAUUGAUACGCCAACGAGAUCCUCGCGAGCGUUGAGAUGGGAAGCAUUAAAAGACAACGAAGAAACAUCAUCCGAGUUCGAUAUUAUUUUCGAGGCAAAUGCAACGGGUAAUUUAUUCGAAAAUAUGUAUACCUUCUCUGGCAAAGAGACGCACGAUCAUGCCGCAUACAGCAAAACUGCCUCUACUACUUUAGGUUUGGAAGACAAUGAAGGGAACGAUUCGUAUCUCUCGCUUAGUGAAGAUAUAUUACCGGACAGUGCUUCAGAUAUUUCUUCAAUAGCAGGGAAGAAGAGAACGAAAAAAUCUACGAUUACCUUCGUUCCACCUUCGACACCGCCGUUAAACAGAAGUCCGAUAUAUAACGAGACUUUUGUAGAUUUAACAAGCACUGGCCUUACGUCACUUCCUAUCGAAAUGAUUGAGAAAUAUCCUGCGAUACAAAUGCUGUAUCUAGAGAAUAAUAAUCUCCCCGAGCUUCCUGAAAGACUUUUCAUUUCCCUGCAAAAUUUACAAUGGCUGGACGUUCGAAAUAAUCUAUUAACAAGUUUACCUACAAGCAUUAAGUCGCAUCCUUCGCUAGAGACCAUCCUGUUGCAAGGAAAUAAAAUCGAAAAAUUGCCAUUAGAACUUUGUCUCGUGCCGAAACUUAAAAUUCUCAACGUAGCAUAUAAUCCUAUCAUUGCCCCUUCAAAGGAUAUUAUAGCUCUUGGAUGUUCAAGUAUUCUGAACUAUCUCCGAUCUGAAUGGAAUAAAUUAUAUCCGAAUGAGCCCGUGACAUUUGUGAAACAAAAGAUUGAGCCGAAAGCAUCAACGAUCCUAUGUUAUCGUUCUCCGCGUGAAAAACAAUGGAAAUUGUCAAAAAUUCCGCGACGAGUAUCGAAAAGUACGAACGACAUUAGCGGUUCAUUCAAAGGCUCUGCGGUUAGAAAGAAAAGCAAAGUUUACAAGCCCAGUAACAGAUGUGAAGGUACAGGUACUAAUAUUGUCAUGGAACAACAGCAACAAUGGAUUUCUAAAGCAAGAGAUUUGCUGAGCGCACAAUCAGCAACAAUUCAAAAAAUUAAGGAUUUAGAUACUGUAAAAGAAUGGAGACGUAACAAACAAAGUUUCAAUAAAAGCAUGGAAAAGAUAUCGAGAAGAAAUGAAGAUGAUAUUCCAUUCGCAAUCAACAUUGAAGAUUAUCCAACAAUACAGAAACGUUCACAAAAAGCGGGAGAAUAUGAAGAUAAUCAGAAACAGAAAAAGUUAAAAUUAGUAAAUAUAAAUCGGAAGAUUCAAGAAUUGUCGGGAUUCUUGCAAAAGUUUGAAAUUACAAAAUCUUCAGAAAUGUUGACGCCUAAAUCUAAACAAAAAUAUCUGCAAACUGAAAUUGAAAAGCUUUCACAUUUUCAAAAAGAAGUGCAUAAUUUAAGAAGAUACAACGAAAUUAUGUCAGCUCCAACAAAUUCUCCAAAUAAUUUAUCUUAA